GAAGCAGCAAAGUAAUUUGUUGAUAUCCUGCUUGGUAGUAUUCAUUUAGACUUUAGUGUUUCACAGCCAAAUCUGUCCCCAGCGUAGAGGCUGUAUUUGCAUUGGGGAGCAAAGUUAACUAGUACGCUAUCUAUAUGAAGGGCUGAUGGAAGACACAAGGGAUUUGGCUGAACGCACCCCACGUUCAGAGCGUAAGCGGCGAGACUCGUUCGGGAUGUUUGAUGGCUAUGACAGCUGCAGCGAGGAAUCUACCAGUAGUUCCAGCUCAGAGGAUAGUGAGGAUGAGGUGGUUCCCUCCAUCCCUGCUAGCCUGCCGAUCAUUAAGAACAAUGGUCAAGUCUACACCUAUCCUGAUGGCAAAUCUGGAAUGGCCACCUGUGAGAUGUGUGGGAUGGUUGGAGUCCGAGAUGCUUUUUACUCCAAAACCAAGCGCUUCUGCAGCGUGUCCUGUUCCAGGAGUUAUUCCUCAAAUUCCAAAAAAGCCAGCAUCUUGGCAAGACUCCAGGGCAAACCACCAACGAAAAAGGCAAAAGUCUUACAAAAACAGCCUCUAAUGGCAAAGUUGGCAGCUUAUGCCCAGUACCAAGCAAGUCAGCAGAACCAGGCCAAAACAAAAGCUGUGGUCCCUGCAGAGAGCUUUGACUGGGGGAGGUAUAUCUGUAGCAAUAACACAGUCGGAGCUCCAGUCAGCUGUUUCAAACACGCCCCUAUGGGGACAUGCUGGCAUGACAUAGAGGAAGGAGUGAGGAUCGAAGUGCUUAACUCAGAUACCAACCUCUCCACUAAGGUGUACUGGAUAGCAGAAAUUAUAAAGCUAGCAGGGUUCAAGGCUCUUCUGCGGUAUGAGGGCUUUGACAAUGACACCAGUAGAGACUUCUGGUGUAAUCUCUGUAUCCCUGAGGUACACCCAGUGGGAUGGUGUGCUUCUAGUGGUAAACCCCUUGUACCUCCAAAAAGUAUACAGCAUAAGUACUCUAACUGGAAAGCUUUUCUUGUGAAGCGUCUCACUGGAGCUAAAACACUGCCGCCUGACUUUAAUACCAAGGUACAUGAGAACAUGCAGUUCCCCUUUAAGAAGCUAAUGCGGGUAGAGGUGGUGGAUAAGAACUACCUGUGCCGGACACGGGUUGCAUUGGUGGAGCAGGUUAUCGGAGGUCGCCUCAGGCUGGUCUAUGAGGAGAGCCAGGACGGGUCAGAUGACUUCUGGUGCCACAUGUACAGCCCCCUUAUCCAUAAUAUCGGCUGGUCACGAAGCAUUGGACACCGCUUCAAACGAUCAGAUAUUACAAAGAAAACUGAAGGUCAGGUUGAUGCUCCUGCACCACUCUUCCAGAAGGUGAAAGAUGUGGACCAGAGUGGGGAUUGGUUUAGAGAUGGGAUGAAGUUAGAAGCCAUUGACCCCCUCAACCUCUCAGCUAUAUGUGUAGCCACUGUAAGAAAGGUGUUGGCGGACGGGUACCUCAUGAUCGGGAUCGACGGUUCGGAGGCAGUGGAUGGAUCAGACUGGUUCUGCUACCACGGCACCUCCCCCUCCAUCUUUCCAGUUGGCUUUUGUGAAAUCAACAGCAUUGAACUUACACCCCCUAGAGGGUACACUAAACUGCCAUUUAAAUGGUUUGACUACCUCAGAGAAACAUGUUCAAUAGCUGCUCCUGUCAGGCUCUUUAACAAGGAGGUUCCCAAUCACGGUUUCCGGCAAGGCAUGAAGCUGGAAGCUGUAGAUCUGAUGGAGCCGCGGCUGGUGUGUGUUGCCACAGUGACGAGAAUUGUGCACCGGCUACUGAGGAUACACUUUGACGGCUGGGAGGACGAAUAUGAUCAGUGGGUGGACUGUGAGUCACCUGACCUUUACCCUGUGGGCUGGUGUCAGCUGACAGGCUACCAGCUUCAACCCCCUGCCUCUCAAAGUAACAGAGAAAUGCCACAGUCUGCACCCAAGCAGAAGAAAAAGGCCCAACAGUACAAAGGACAAAAGAAAAAGAGGAAGAUUCCAGUUGGUCGACGGCCCUUCAGUCAGGCAGGCAGGAGGAGGAGCAGCUUCUCGGGGGAUGAAGAGCAGAGUCCACCCCCUUACCCUGCCCAGGGGCCUGCUCGGCCCCGGCCCCGAACCCACCUCCACCAAACCCACAAAUCAGAGUCUCUCCUGCGAAUGAAGGAGGAGACAGCUGAGGUGGACGAAUUUACCUUCUCACAAGGUACCUCAGACCAAGAGAGCAAUGGCUCGGGCAGCUACUACAUCAAACAGGAGCCCUGAGGUCACAAGAACAGGAAGAGCGGAAGGAUCGAGGACAGGACACACCUCUGGAAAACCCCAGCAAGGAUCAGCAGUGUGGAGAGUCAAACUAGCCUCGACUUACACUCACAGACCAAUGACUCAGGCCACUUGUGGAGUCAGUUCAUGCUUCGUAAAAAAUUCUGAAGGGAACAUCCUUCUGAACAAUCUUCUAAACUUGUAGCUGUGUGCGCACAUGAUCACUUACAAAAGCCUGUCUGAGGGGUUGGAACGCACCCAGAGUCGGGCCUGGGUUAUAGAUGUUUGGGCAUUCUCUUCCGCACCACCUGCAGCUUUCGCUCCUCUCCUGUCUGAUCCAUCCAACCAGACAAGGACUGACUAAAACUACAAUCUUUUUUCCACAGAAUGCAAGUCAGCAUCAGCCCAUCCUGCCUCUGCCAUAAUCUGCUCCGCGCACAGAGACCUGUAGAAACUGUGAGAACCAUUUAUUGAGCCAGGUCUUUAGUUUUUUUCGUUGUUUUUGUUUCAGGUCAGAAAGGCGGCCACUGAAUGGCCUGAAGAAAAAAAGAGAAGCUGGCAAAGAAGCAGAGUUGUGUAUAUUUUAUUUUCUCCCGAACAAGAUUGCCAGGUGGACUUUUACUUUGUUAAUAGUACUUGAAGUUUUUUUGAUGUUGUUUUUUUCAUUUUGUAAUAAUUUUGGGGUUGUUUUUGUCUUAAUGUGCUUAUUUUGGUGACUGUGGGAAACGUAAUGUGCAUUGUUUCAUAAAGUGAUUAUAUUCAUAUAGUAUGUGGAAACCUAUUCAAAUAGAACUGCAGAGUAUAGAUAUUAAGGAUUGUGAUUUGAAGAGAGAUCUUAGUACAGAGCUGCUCAGACAUAGCUAAUAUUGAUCUUUUUGCUUAGGGAGUUUUAUUCUACAGAUAUUGGCUGGAAGAUUUCCACAGCUGCAUUUAUUCCUGAUUCUGCCAUUAUAGAGCCAAAACUUAAUUUAAGCUCAACAACAUCUUUUCAUCAAAUUUACGAAAAACAGUGUACUAGCACAAGAUUAUUUUCAUUAUUGGGGAAUAUCAGAGGUUGCAUUUUUAGUGGUCCCAACAACAGUCCCAAAUCUCAAAGUAGGGAUGUUAUAUUACCAGAAAUGUGCUACUGUUGAAUUUCACCAAGUCUUGAUACCUCAUUCAAUACCAAAAUAAUAAGGCAUCUUCACACAAAAAAUUCUAACAAAUUAUUCAGGUAAAACCUGGGGCACAUUUAGUGUGCUAGUAAGCACAAACACCUGCACAACAUUAUAUUUUCAUGGACUGAACAGUAGCCUACUAAUGUGAUUAGCAGCACCCAUUUCAAGUUACAAGUUAUGGUAAUGUUAGUCUGAACAAACUUGCUUUAGCCUUUGUGAACAUUGUUUGUGUAGCGUUACUCUGUUCAUUCCAAAAGUUCUGUGACACCAUUUGCGUUCUUGCUUUUGGUUGUCCAACUUUUCCCUGGUCAUCCAACUCACACUCUAAGUAUCUUCAAUACAUGACACAGUGUUUUUUGUCACAAGUCACAACAGACCUCCUGCUGCACCAGCACUUGCCUUUCUGUUGUUGCCCAGUACCUCCAGCAUCCACAGUACUUUCAGUACUUUGAAUACAUUAGAAUAACAAUUACUGCCAUCCUAUCAGUUUGGGCGUUGACUUGAUACCAAAGUAACAGUUCUUGUUACGUCUGUGUCUUAAAAUACUCAGUUUACAGUGAUAUAAAACAGAAGAAUAACCUAUUACUCUUGCGAACUGAUGAAUUCUUUAUCGGUUAUUGUAAUUGUUGAUAGAUUCUCUAAUUAAUCAUUUAAUUAACUAGUUGUUUAUUUUUCACAUUUACGUUGCACCAGGCCCCUUUGGGAGGGUCUUUAAAGACAUUGGCGAGGUGUAUUUACAUUUCCAUUUUUUCAGUCCGCGCAGCUUUAAACAGUGACGCAUCAUGUUGACUUGCCCUCACUAUUGCUUUUCACAUAUUAAUAGCAGAAAUCCUCUUGCACAUUCCAUUCAGCUUUCCCUAAUGCUGUACGGUCUGUACAUCCUGAAUGUACAACAUUCAGCUCUGUCAAGUGGUUACUCUGGGAAUAUCUAGUUUAUGUCCUCAUUUUGAGCUGUAUAACCCCUGAACACUGUGGCUUUUACCAAAUACUUUCUUCACGGUCCAGCUACUAACCCUGUUCGUAGGUUACUAUAUAUUACAUUAGCCAAGAUAAGCUUAAUCCAGAGAGCACAUAUCAAAUAAAGUAACAGUGUUGGGUGGUUUUUAAAGCUUAAUGUGGAGCUUGAGGGACCUAUUACAACUAGAAAUACCACGAUACCAUUAAAUGUGGAUUAGUAAUUGCAAGAAUUCAGCAAUGCUGAUGAGGCCAAAAAAAUGUAUGAUAAAAUAACAGAAAUGCACAAGUUAUCAUUGUGAAUAUUUGAGGGUCUUUGUGCUGUAAUGUUGAACAGGAAUUAUAAAGCUGUGGAGAUUUUAAAAAAAAAAAAACUUUUCAUAGAACUGUCACCUUCGUUUUAAACAAAAUAUUGAAUGAGAACCAAAUUGGCAUAGAGUGAUUGUAAGUGAGCAGCAGAGUAUGUUGUAUAAAAGAGAAACCUUACUGGUAUGAUAUGGUGCACUCUGUCAUGUUAUUCCCACUGUUCAGCCCUACAGUAUGUGCAUUUUGAUGUAGCUAUAGUUAGGGAGGAACUUAAGUCUAAUCAGAUGUGGACAACGCAACUGACCAACUAUACAGCAUGGUCAAAUGUUGUGGGUGCAGCACUGAUGCACUACAGCAGUGAUUCAGAUACAGGGUUUCCAUGUGCUUUGGCCCAUGUCUGCUGUAUUUGUACUUAGAGGAGGAUAAACACUCAAAGUUCCAUUUGGAACUCCUCUUUAUUUAUAUGGAGUCUGCAGUGUGCCAUCAGAAUAGUGGUAGACUGAUUCAGUGUUAAAUCAUAAUCAAGUAACACGCUUUAAAAAACUUAAUGGAUCAAAUAAUGCAUACAUAGGCAUAUUACAUUACACACAUACUUGGAAUUCUGUUUCCUUAUUCUGGCUUAAAUGAAAGCAGAAUAGUAUAUGUUCAUGUAAACAACAACAACUGACAAAGAAGCAAUACAGUGUCUUUCCAGCUGUCCCAUGUUUAUGGGCCUCUGACCAGUCAGACGGCUGUUGCCGCUUUGUGAUUCAGAGUUUGUGUAAUUUUUCAGUAGAACACUGCGUACAUGUCUGUAACAGAUUGUUGUAAUUAUAUUGAAUAACAAAAAAGUAAAAUGAAAAAUCAUUUUGACACAUAAUUUGGCAGUUCUAAUUUAAAAUUUAAUUAUGUAAUGUUAGACACACAUAAGACUAAGGAAAUACAGUAAUGAGUAAGCAGAUUUGCUGAUUUUUAUUUUACUUAGUUUUUUUUUUUAUUAAUGGAAUGUAUGUGGCACACUUGGGACUCCAUACGGUCAGCAUUUGUAGCAUCAAAUUCAGCUUCUGUUAUUGAAAAUAUGAGGCUUGGCUUCUAGCAUGUUAGGAGAAUAUUAGGAGAAAUGGGUAAACAAUCUUAUGAUCGAGCAGUUUGUUUUGUUUUUUAUUCAGAAAGAAGAUAUUUUAUUUGGGUAAUAUGCAAAACAUUUGUGGGUUUUUUUGUGCUUAGGUUGUUCUCAUGUCAGAGCCAUAUGUAUGCAAGCUAGUUUAUGAUUCACCUGAGCCACAGAAAGACAGGUUUUUGCUGUUAAUAAUGAAACAUAAAACGAUGCACUGCUUUUCCAUUAGUCUCUGAGAAAAGCAUUCAAAUAGGACGACAGAAUCUAAAAGUGGCAAAAAUACACACACACAUAUAUAUAUUAUUCCUAACUAUGACAGUAUGGAGUAACAAAUCAGAAAUGGAAAAGACAAGACUCCUUUCAUUCUACUAGAGCUAGAUUUUUGCAGCUGUUUAUAUACUACCUCCUGAUGCUAGCCACGUUUAGCUAAAACAAGAGUGUGAAAAAGACUGGCAGUGUGUUGGCAUAUGCAAAUAAAUAUUGAUUACCUAAAAAUGAUCCACUUGAAGACUAGACACCAAACAUGGAAGAAUUUUAUCAGAGCACAUGAGGUAGUCUUCUAAUUUGAACAUUAUGCAAUAAUCAUAGAUCCCAUAUUAUUUUACUACGUUUAAAUAAAAUUUAUAGCACCCACAAAUGUCAUCAUCACUACAUUCAUAUAAUUAACAUGAGAUAAUUUAACAAAAUGGUAUUGUAUAACUGUGAUUUUUGUGAGCAAAGGGUUCAUACAGAAUACUCGCUGUAUGGCCGAAGACUGUAUUGAAAUGAAGAGCAGAUUUAAACUUGUCGCUGAUGGUAAAAGAUGCAUAAUUUCUCUUUAUACCAGUAAGGUUCAUGAUUCAAUUCUCAGGAAGUUUGUGUUUCUUUUUAUGGUCAUAAAGGUUUUAAUUACAAGUCUGAAACAGCUGGGCUUGAAAAGCUCAAAGGCAAUGUCAUCACGUGCAUUUAUUUGUGGAAGCGAAGGAGUGCUGUAAUAACUACAAUUUUUUGAGCCAGCUGAAGACGUGGUUGUGAAAUAUAACCACUGUUGAACACUUGGUGCUGGAAAAAACAACAACAAUGAAUUGAUGUCACUUACUUGAGAUCAUUUUAGGUGGAUCAAAUUCUGAAACUUGACAGAAAUUUACAUUGCGUAAUGUGAAGUGGUACAAUUAUUAUUGAUACCAUCUUUUUCAAUUGUAUGUUUUUUUAAAUAGAAAAUGUAGAUACUGUAUCUAAAUAUUUCUAAAUAAUUCUCUAUUUGAAUUUGAGCGAAAAAAGUUCAAGAAAAAAUAUUUCAACAUAGGUUUUAAAAAAUUUGACACUUCCAAUUUUCUAGUUUCAUUUUUCUAAAGUUCAAAAAUGUAAAUAGAAGAACUCACAUCACAGAAUUUCACAUUUUUAGGGUUUAUUCAGAUAAUAUAAGCCAGAGAGAAUUGUUUUUGCCUCUUUUUCAAAAAUAUAUUGUCAUCUUUUGAAUUUUGUGCAGACAAUUUAUUAUGUAUACCAUUUACUGAAUUAUAGGGUCUUCAUAAAUCAUUCAAACCCUGAUUUAAAAAUUCAAGUCAGAAAAGUGGAAACCCUGAAAUUGGGAUUGUAACAGACUAAUUUCAAGUUGUAGUUUUUCGAAAAGCCUGUGCCUAUUGCAAAAUACCAAAACAAACAAACACAUUCAAAACUCUUUGAAUUGCAAAAGUACAAUUAGAUGUUUGCAAUGAUACUGAAAUUUCUACACAAGUGUUAAGUUGUGGGUAGGUUUUAGGGAGGUGCUUUUUAAAUUCUAAUUAUUAUGGCACUUAAUAGUUUCCAUACAUUCAAACAGCAAAGGUCUUAUCUCACUAACUGUUUUGUGUAUUUUUGUCCACAUUUUUUGUGUAUUCAUGUUCAGUUUAUCAUUUUGAGUGAUGAUACAAAAAAAAAACAAUUCUCAUUUAAGCUGCUUUUUAUACAUUUCCUUUUGAUUUCCAAGAUCCAAGAUUGUUUUGGGUUUUUACUUUUGUCUCUGUUUUUUCUACCAGUUUCCUUUCCAGUUAGUCUCCUAAUCAGAUUGGACACAGCUUGGCUGAAACAGUAAGCUUUUAAAUGAGCAAUAAAAGACAGUGCUUCACAAUCAUUUGAAGCAGACAGGUUUCAGGUCGGGGCCUUUCACUGGGGUUAUUCUCUAAUGUUGGAGGGCAGAAAGAAGCAUUAAAGUACUUCAUGACCAAACUGCAUUAAUAUCUUAGUACAAAAAAAAAAUACUGUUCUAAGGACUAACUGCUGCUACCCUCCUCUAGAUUAACCUGAAGUAAUCAAAUGCACAAUCAACACUGUUUUAAAUCUUUAGUUUCUCACCUCACUUUGUAGAUAUUAAACUUUCUUUUUUCACCUUAAUCCCCAAAGCUCCAUCGCCCGGUAGCUGUGCAUCUAGAGUGUUGGGGCAUCAGUAGCUGGAGAUGAGUCGUUUUGGGUUUAGGUGCACUGAUCAACUGAAUGCAUGUAACUGAACACUUUGUGGCGAUGUUGUGUAGAGCAUGUUUUUUUUUUGUUUGGGUUUUUUUUUUUGUAGCUGUCAUUGGUUCUUCAGUCUGUCUGUUGUCCCUCUUCCGCUAUGAUCAGGAAGGUAUGAAAUACCAUUCAUGUCAAGAAAGGGGAAAAAACACAUGAUCCAUAAGAUUCCAAGUACAUUAUGUACUAUGUUUUAUUUCACAGUUUUGACUCAGAAAAAGUGCAUUUUGUGUUUGGCUUAUAAUGUUGACUUAACUUUGGCUCAUCAUGUCAAAUUUGACGGUAUCUAUAAUUUUUGACUUAUUUCAGAAUAUUUACUUACGCUGUCAUAAAUUUGGCUUGGUAUAUCAAAACAUUAAAAUGACCCUGAUUACAUUUUUUUUUUACUAAUUUACCUUUUCAAAAUUUUGACUCCUAAUUUUGGCUGAGUCAAAUUUGCUACUUAGCUAUACUUUUGGUUAAAUUCAAACUUCUCUAAUUUUUGGUUUUGUAUUAUUUUGGAUUUGAAUGAUUUUGACACACAUAAUCCUUCACCUAUUCAAAGUCAAAAGUCAAAUUUUAGAUGAGUCCAAAUUUUGUCGCAUCUCAUAACUGGCUUAAAUUUGCAGUUGAAGUUUCAUAAUUUCAAAUGACCUUUUUAAAAAUUCAUGUUUUAUCCUUUCUUGGUACUGAUGGGUUUCCGUAGCAGGACUGAGUUGUGGUUGCAGAGGUCUGUUGCACCUGAACUGGUUCUGCCAGAUGUGUGCAGUGACUGGAAGCGUGCUGGAGUUGUUUUAAAUUUUUCUUCUUGGAUACUAACACGGGUCUUUUGUAUGCGAUAGCUCCUCACCCCUGAUUAUAUUAAACCAUUAUAUUGUGGUGCUAUAUAUAUAUUUGAUAAAAAUGACUUAAUGUAUUGGAAUUACUAUUGUCUGAAAAUAAUUGUGAGUUAAGAGGGUUAUGGUGCAAAAUUUAUUUUGGAUACAAAUGAAAAAAAGUCUAUGUUAAUAGUUAUAAAUCUAUUGAUAUUAACACUGACGCUUGAGGUACAUUAUUAGAUUGCAGUUUAAUGUUUGUACAUCUUUUUGAUAGUGUAUACCAGUUUCCUUUCAUAUGGUAAAUUUGUGCUGUGAUCAAGCUUUGAUAGACUUUGUAAAUAAAGCCAAAUGUUUGGAUCAUCAUACUGGUUGUAAUGGAUGGCUUCUAUGUUUGCAAGCAUUGCAAAAUUUUUCCGCAUGGCUGUGAAAGUUUACCAGGUGGUUUUUGUAUGAUCAGACUUUUACACUGAAUAAAAAGGCUUAUAACUUCAAA